UCCUGCAUAUUUCCCUGGUGUGCAUAGGCCUUGGAAAGGACACGGGGGAAAUUCCAGAAAUUGAUUUCUAGUGGGGCAUAUAAGAGUGUGGGAGAGGAAAGCAGCAGGAGAGGGGGAGAGAAGAGAGAGAAGGAAAAGUAUGACAAGGAAAUGAAGAAAGAAAUGAGACAACAACCUUCUUAGCCUCCUCCAUCCUCUCUCCUCCACUGCUAUCUCCUCCUCUGUAGCAAGAGCAAGCAAGAGGAGCAGCUGCAGUAGUAGGGAGAGUGAGCGAAGGGGAAGGACGAGGAACACUGCCAAUCCUAGCAACGGGCCAAAGCGACCGGGGAGGAGAAGCUCUUUUGGCGUGUUCGAGUUGGUGCGAGGAUAAAUCGGGAGGCGAUGGCAUCGAAUUCAUCGGCUGCGGCGGCGGCGGCGUUCUUCGGGAUUAGGGACGGGGACCAGCAAGACCAGAUUAAGCCGCUGAUAUCACCGCAGCAGCAGCAGUUGGCAGCGGCGCUGCCCGGCGUGGCAGGUGCCGCGCCCGCUCCGGCGACCGGCCAAGGCGCGCCGGCGGCGGCGGCGCAGCCACCGCCCAAGAAGAAGAGAACUUUGCCAGACCCCGACGCUGAGGUGAUCGCGCUGUCUCCCAAGACGCUGCUGGCGACGAACCGGUUCGUGUGCGAGGUGUGCAACAAGGGGUUCCAGCGGGAGCAGAACCUGCAGCUCCACCGCCGCGGGCACAACCUGCCGUGGAAGCUGAAGCAGAAGAACCCGCUGCAGGCGCAGCGCCGCCGCGUGUACCUGUGCCCGGAGCCGACGUGCGUCCACCACGACCCGUCCCGCGCCCUCGGCGACCUGACGGGCAUCAAGAAGCACUUCUGCCGCAAGCACGGCGAGAAGAAGUGGAAGUGCGACAAGUGCUCCAAGCGCUACGCCGUGCAGUCGGACUGGAAGGCGCACUCCAAGAUCUGCGGCACCCGCGAGUACCGCUGCGACUGCGGCACCCUCUUCUCCCGGAGGGACAGCUUCAUCACCCACAGGGCGUUCUGCGACGCGCUCGCGCAGGAGAGCGCGCGGCUGCCGCCGACGAGCCUCAGCAGCCUAACCGGCCACCUCUACGGCGCCACGAACGCGGGCAACAUGGCGCUCAGCCUCUCGCAGGUGGGCUCCAACCUCACCUCCACGCUCCAGGACGGCGGCCACCACCACCACCACCAUCACCACCACCCGUCACCGGAGCUCCUCCGCCUCGCCGCCACGGCCGGCGGCGGCGGCAGCAGCAUCGCCGCGCGCCUCGACCACCUCCUGUCGCCCGCCUCCGGCGCGUCCGCCUUCCGCCCGCCGCCGCAGGCCCCGCCCUCGUCGGCGGCGUUCUUCCUCAACGCGGCUGCGGCGGCGGCGGGGCAGGACUUUGGCGACGACGGGGGCAACGGGCCCCACUCGUUCAUGCAGACCAAGCCGUUCCAUGGACUCAUGCAGCUGCCCGACCUCCAAGGCAAUGGCGCCGGGGGCCCCGGCGGUUCGGCGCCAGGCCUCUUCAACCUGGGCUUCUUUGCUAACAAUGGCAACAGCUCGGGGUCUAGCCACGAGCAUGCAAGCCAGGGCCUCAUGAACAAUGACCAGUUCAGCGGCGGGGCAGGCGGCGGCGGUGGUUCGGAGGCAUCGGCAGCGGGGAUUUUCGGCGGGAACUUUGUUGGCGGUGGAGACCAUGUUCCAACGCCGGGGCUCUACGGCGAUCAGUCCACCAUGCUGCCGCAGAUGUCGGCGACCGCUCUGCUCCAGAAGGCGGCGCAGAUGGGCGCCACCUCGAGCGCCAACGGCGCGGCGUCCAUGUUCCGAGGCUUCGUCGGGUCUUCCCCUCACGGCCGGCCGGCGACGCCGCACAUGGAGCAGAGCGAGGCGAACCUGAACGACCUGAUGAACUCGCUCGCUGGAGGCGGCGUCGGCGCCGCGGGAAUUUUCGGAGGCAGCAACGGCGGCGGCGGCGGCGGCGGCGGCGCGGGGAUGUUUGAUCCGAGGCAGCUGUGCGACAUGGAGCAUCACGAGGUGAAGUUCGGCCAGGGCGGCGGCGACAUGACGCGGGACUUCCUCGGCGUGGGCGGAGGCGGCAUCGUGCGCGGGAUAUCGACGCCCAGGGGGGACCACCAGAGCAGCAGCGACAUGAGCUCACUGGAGGCCGAGAUGAAGUCGGCCUCGUCCUUCAACGGCGGCAGGAUGCCAUGACCGACCCAUCGAGCUUUCACAAGGCAUAAGCUCGCACAGUAAGCAGCCGGAAACUUGAUCAAGCAGAUGCAAGGAGAGGAGUAAGGAUAUAUAGCGUAGUGGCAAGUUAGCAGCUGAAUCGCAUGGGUGAGUUCAUGCGCAUGGGAUAUCUGAAGGCGGGGACCUUGGGUGAGAGAGAAAGAUGCGUCUUCUCUGACUAAUGGAGUAAGCUAGUGCGAGCUGGGCGCAUGUGAUGACCCCUUUGCUCGUGGUGGGGGGUUGGUGUUCAUGCUGGUCUCUUGUUCUUGUUGGUUUUCCCUUCCUUGUAGUUGGAUAAUCUUUGUUGGAUUAAGUAUAGCUUCUGGUGAUAGAACCAAUAAGGAUGUUUGUCGCUAGCUUAAUGGGGGUGAUGUGAAGCUUAAUUUGCUUCAUUUUCCCAACCUUCUGUUGUUUUUAUUCCCUUUUCUCUUGUAGCAAAACAAUAUUCCCCUUACAAUGCCAUAUUGCCAUUAAUCAUGCUAGCUCAAAUUCA